CUCCGUUUGUAUUGGUCGUUAAACUUCCGCUUAUCUGAUUGUCUCCAGCGAUGUUUGCGUCUACCUGCUGGUUUCUCCUCUUCUAGUCGCCUUCUGCUGAAAACAUGGAGCGGUACGAGUCUGACAGCGAUGGAGACGAGCAGCAGAAACCGCUCCUUCGGCGAAAACAGGAAGGGAAAAUCCAGAGAGCCCCAGCAUGUUGCUCGUCGCGCUACAGCUUGGCGUUGCUCUCCAGCUAUGGCUUCUUUGUCGUCUACUCCUUGAGGGUGAACCUCAGCGUGGCGAUGGUGGACAUGCUUAACAACACCCAUCAAUCCAGCGACAACCACAGUGGCUUGGUGUGCGCCUCCCAUGACGAUCCUAUUCAGCCCAAGCACAACCAGUCGGCCAACGUGUACAACUGGGAUUCUGCGACCCAGGGUUGGAUCCUCGGCUCCUUUUUCUACGGCUACAUCCUGACACAGAUCCCGGGGGGCUACCUGGCUAGCCGCUGUGGAGCGAAGUGGCUGAUGGGAUUCGGUAUUCUGGGAACCGCCCUCUUCACGCUGCUCACGCCUCUGGCUGCUGAUCUGGGUGCGGGUUACCUCAUUGCUGUGCGAGUGCUGGAGGGGAUCGGAGAGGGCGUCACGUUUCCUGCGAUGUAUACCAUGUGGGGAGCAUGGGCCCCCCCGCUGGAAAGAAGCAGACUGCUCACCAUUUCAUACAUCGGAGCCCAGCUGGGUACCGUCGUAGCCCUUCCUCUGUCUGGUGAAAUCUGCUUCUAUCUGGGAUGGCCCUAUGUCUUCUACCUCUUUGGUGCGGUCGGCUCGGUGUGGUUCUUCCUGUGGGCUUUUUUCGUCUUUGACAGUCCAAACAGUCAUCCCCGUAUAUCAGAGCAGGAGAGGCUCUACAUCAUCAAUUCUCUGAAAAAUGAGCUGUCCCACUCUGCAGGCUACAUCCCCUGGCGAGCCAUCGUAACAUCUAUUCCCCUGUUAGCCAUCGUUGUGGCUCACUUUUCCUACAACUGGACCUUCUACACACUUCUCACUCUCCUGCCGACUUAUAUGAGUGACAUACUGGGAUUCAGCAUACAGCAGAACGGGUUUCUCUCAGCUCUGCCGUACGUGGGCUGUGCUCUCAUGGCUGUGCUGAGCGGCCAAGUUGCUGAUUACCUACGAGAAACCUGCCUCUACCCGACAGUCAUCGUCAGGAAAUCCUUCUCUCUGAUUGGUAUGAUUGGACCAGCGGUGUUCCUGGUGGCAGCAGGUUAUACCGGCUGUAACUACAGCUUGGCUGUGACAUUCCUAACCCUCUCCUCUGCUCUGGGUGGAGUUUCUGCCUCUGGGUUUAAUAUCAACCACCUCGACAUCGCUCCUUCGUAUGCUGGUAUACUGCUGGGAAUCACCAACACUUUUGCCACCAUCCCUGGCAUGGUGGGACCAGUCAUAGCAAGAGCCCUUACACAAAAUAACACUAUAGAGGAGUGGCAGACCGUCUUCUACAUCGCCGCCGGCAUCAACGUGUUUGGCGCACUGUUUUACACGCUGUUUGGAAGAGGGAACGUGCAACCCUGGGCGGUCCACACAUCCUAUCCUCACGGCGACUGAUUCGUCCACAGAUUCAUUCAGAAGGAACAUUUAGUCCGGAACAUGUUGGAGUUAAAGGUCAUACUUUAGAGAAUCGCCAUGCUAAUGAAGACCCAGAUUAGGAUGAAGGUAAAACUUCAUUUGAAGAUUGACCACAUGUUCCUUUAAAGAAAAUGAUUAAGUAUUAAAAGGGUAUUCCUGCAGCCCAUGGAAAGCCUGAGUGCAUACUUAAUUUUAAAGUUAAGCUGCUAAAUUACAAAGCCAGAGACUAAAUGUUUCUGUGUAAAGGGCCAGUUAGUUAGUUAGUCUGGAUCCUAACUAGUUAUCUAAGCUUUGUUAGGUGCUUAUGAAUCUACAGAAACAACGUUACUGUUGCUUUAAAUGUGUCAUUAUACAAAAACCCUAAACUAGAUCACAUAGACGAUCGGGAAGGACAUUUUAAAUUUCUCUGUAAGGCUUAGAAAAUGCAAAGUCCUUUUAAAUGAAAACAAACAAACCAGGAAUUUGUCUCAUUUUUAUCUAUAUUUUAACUUUGUUUUGUUUUAGGAAUUGGGCUGAAGUGUCAGGACAAAAAUGGAUGCUAUAGUUCUGAUUUUAAAAUCGAGAGCACAUCGUUUAUCUAAAGAAAGGGAAAGAAAUUAUGCUUAUGUUAACAUGACUUUAUAGCUGUUUUUUGUGGUUACCUGCAACAUUUAUUGUAAUGUAAUUUUGUUUAGGGAAUCAUAUCAGUCUUUAAGUUUACUUUUUUUAAUUGAUUGUUCACCACAAACCUUCUUACAAGUAAGGCUCAUUUACUUAAAGAAACAUUAUUUGUUGUGUAUAAGCUUUUGUUUUCUUAAUGAGGGAAUAGAUUAGUUUAGGUUAAAGGUGGACUAAGCUUAAAAAGACUCAUCCAAAGGAUGGACGCCCUUUUCUCAGGAGUUUUAUGCCAUACAUGAAAUGAGAAGGUUGUUUAUCAACUGAAUUAAAUGUUUUUUAUUUUUU